AUGGAGAUCAAACUUGCUAGCCAUGAACAUCCUAUGGAUUACCAUUGGUUUCACGAGAGCGAUUACAAAAAGUGUGAUAAAUGUAGAGAGAAAAUAUGUGGUGCCGCUUAUGCAUGUGUUAGGUGCGGAUUUGGGUUGCACGAAUCAUGCGCCAAAUCUCUGCAACAUCUACCUCGAGAGAUUACACAUCCUCUACACUCUCACCACCAUCUUGUACUAGAUUGGUCUGGUCCUCCCAGAAAAUUCACCUGCGACUUAUGUCUGAAAGCUUCUUCCGGCACCAACUACGGCUGCUGUCGGUGCAAGUUCGAGGUCGAUUUAGCAUGCGCCUUUGCAGGUGGUGAUGAUCAUUGGACGAGGAUGAGAUCUGAUGCAGCGAGGGAUCACGUGAGGAUUCAACAUUACUGCCACCGUCACUCGUUGAUCCUCUACAAAUUUAGCAGUGCGGGUGAAACUGAUUAUAAUUGUAGUUGGUGUGACAAGCCUUUGACUGGCACCGUCUAUGGUUGUAAAGGAUGCAGUUUCUUCCUCCAUGAAUUCUGUACUGAUGAGAUACCCAAAACCUUGAACCAUCCUUUCCAUCCAUCACACCCUCUUCGCUUGGGUUUCCAUGACUAUGUGAAUUCCAAUACCAGAAGAGUACUAUAUUGCGAAGCUUGUAGAAAUGACGUUGGAGGCGGAAAAUUCAAAAGCACAGCCAGCUACGGUUGCCAGAAAUGCGGAUUCUACCUUGAUAUUGACUGUGCAAAGCUCUCACCAACCCUUAAACAUGAGUGCCACAACCACAACCUCACUUAUGUUGGUCGCACUUUCGGAAAGCGUUUGCAAAAUUUCAGAUGCCAUUCCUGCCGUGAGCUUUUUUCUGGAACCAGAUCACUCUAUCGUUGCGUGCAUUGCGACCUCAAUUUUCACCUCAAAUGUGUUUCAGUUCCACCCUUAGCUGAAAAUAGAUAUCAUAGACAUCCCCUCAUCCUAUCUAAACCAAUUAGAGAAGAUGAGGCUGGAGAGUGUUUCUGUGAUAUUUGCGAGAAAGAACGGAAUCCCACACAUGAAGUUUAUUUUUGUCAGGAAUGCACGUUUAUCGCUCAUAUUGAAUGCACGCUCAAUCGGACGGAAGCUUCACCUAAACCAGAUUCAUCCUCAGCUCCCAUAUUCAUGGAGCAGACUGAAACGACUCUGUUUCGACCUGUGUUGCAUGUACAUCCAUUGAAAUUCUGCAAGGCAACUGAUGAAAUCUUGAAGCAUCAACGUUGCACACUUUGUCGUUUAGAUGUUAGUGGUCCACGUUAUUUUUGUGAAAAAUGCCUACAUGAGCGGGGUGGAGUUUUUCGACCUAACUGGGGUAGAUCAGUUUUUGUACAUGAAGAUUGUGCUAAAUUAGCUGAUGAGAUACAACACCCUCUUCAUCCCCAACAUCAACUAUUCCUCUCUGCUGGAGCUCUGGGUCUUAUUUUAUGUGAUGAGUGUCAAGGAAUUUUUUUAGGCUUCGUCUAUCGCUGCAAGGAGUGUGACUUCAAGCUCGAUUUGAAAUGCGCGACUCGAGCGCCCUCUGAGCGUCGAGCAUCGACAUCGAAAGAGUGGGAGAGGGAGACUGAGUUAUUCCAUUUCAGCCACAACCAUAAUCUUAUCUUUGGCAAUUACCCUGACACAUUACGUCAAAUAGAAUGUCGGUUUUGUGGACUGCAAAUCUUGGGUCCAACUUACUGGUGCAUGAGAUGUAAUUGGUUUAUUCAUGAAUCUUGUGUUAGGUUACCAGAAGAGAUGCGAGUCCCACUUCACUCGCAACACAGUUUGACUCUCAAGUACAGCAGGACACUUGAAGGGUGCCAUGCUUGUGGAGCAAGUUUCUGCUGGAAUGGAGGUAGCUAUGGAUGUAAAGAUUGUGGCCUCCACUUCCAUAUUGCAUGUGCAAUUUCCCUAAGGCGUCCUCUCAAACGUGAUUCUCACCUCCACCGUCUUUACUAUUUUGGGGCACAUUUCCAUCGAUUCUUUGCCAGGUACCCCUCCGCUGAACUUUCUUGUUGUCGCUGUGAUGAAACUUGCAGCGGACAAUCCUUCUACCGAUGUCUCGAGUGCCGUAUAAAUUUUCACAUAAAAUGUGUCCCCGUACCUCAAGCCGUGGAAUCAAAAAUUCACAUUCAUCCUUUAGUUCUUAAAGACUUUUUUACUGAAGACGAUUCGGAAAAGUAUUAUUGUGAUGCAUGUGAAGAAGAAAGGCAUCCAAAAGAUCACGUCUACCUCUGCAAGGAAUGA